AUGAGACAAGAACAAGAUCGACGAGCCCGUUUACGAGCCCGUUACGCAGCUUUGCCAGCUCAGGCGCUGGGAAGCUCGAGGCAACGCCAUCAUGAGCCCGAUGCUAUGGGAAUCGAUGACCCAUCUUGGAUAGAGCAACGCUUACAGGAACGCAUGUGGCGCGAGUUCCCUGUUCCCCCUGAGCCAAAUCAGCGUCCAAGACAAAACGGUAUCAAUGGCAUAAAUGGAAAUCAGCGCCCGAGACUCAACGGUAUCAAUGGCAUAAAUGGAAAUCAACGUCCGAGACAAAACGGUAUCAAUGGCAUAAAUGGCGUAAACGGGCAUUCCCACGAGGGCGAGGAAGCUAGCCAAGAUGAGCACUCGGACGAGGAUGAUAAAGAUGCGUCAGGCCAACCCAUGGAGCAACUGAACAUAAAUGGCGGACAUGAGGAUCCCGACGAGAACGACGGCCAUGAGCAACGAGACACGGGCGAGGCGGGUCAUCAUAGAAUAUAG